CCCUCAAAAUCCACACGAGGAUCCACACGGGGGAGAAACCGUACAAGUGCUCGCUGUGUUUGAAGGAUUUCACUGAUAUUUCCAGUCUGGCCAAACACCGGAGGAUCCAUACGGGGGAGAAACCAUAUAAGUGUUCCAUGUGUUUGAAGGAUUUCAAACAAACAGGACACCUCAUCACACACAUGAGGAUGCACACGGGAGAGAAGCCCUACCAGUGUUCCGUGUGUUCCAAGGAGUUUUCCGUCAAGUGUGCCCUGGUGAAACACACUAGAGUCCACACCGGCGACAAGCCCUACCAGUGUUCUGAGUGUUGCAAACUCUUCCCUCACCACUACUCCCUGGUGCAACACAUGCUCCUGCACACAGGGCAGCGCCCUUACAGGUGUUCCGAAUGCCUGAAAGACUUCUCCAGCAAGGCAACACUGGUUAACCACAUCAAAGUCCACACUGGAGAGAAACCCUACACCUGUCCAGUGUGCUCCAAGAGCUUUUCACGCAAAUCUGGCUUGACAAGCCACUCGAAAAGCCACGGCAAGGACAAGCCAUACCAGUGUUCCAGGUGCCACAAGGGCUUUCCUUACAAGACAAAUCUUGUGAAUCACAUGAAGACUCAUUCUCAGAAUAUUCUCAGUAAUAUUCAGUGUCUAAAGGAGUUCAGGAAAAUGUAGUCGGUCGCAAAUACAACUGUCAGACGUAGUCGGAUGGAACUACAGCUGUCAUAGUUCGAUGGAACUACAGCUGUCAGGUGUAGUGGAAUGAAAAUACAGCUGUCAGGUGUAGUGGAACAGAACUACGGCUGUCGGACGUGGAACAGAACUACAGCUGUCAGAUGCAGUUGGACAGAAAUACAGCUAGAGCUCAACUGAAGCUGUACAGUCAUCUUGCAAAGCUCCUCUCUGUUGUGCAAUUGAAGUGCAUCAGAAAAUGAAUAUUCUCACCAAUAUUCAGUGUCUGAAUUAUACACGUGUACUCACACACAGGAGAGAAUGGGUCCAGUAGCGACCAGUGAAGAGGCCAGGAGCUAUGACUUGACCCCUGCAACCACAUAUAAGUACACACAGUCACUUUCCCAGCUGAUCCCAGUUCAUCAUUUUAGCAAUGCAGCAAGCCAGGAUAACCCAGCAAUUCAGAACCCAGUAAGCCAGGAUAACCCAGCAUUUUAAGUCAUUCCUGAUAUCAGAGUACUAACCUGGUUAAAAAGCCAGGAUAGCCCUCCACUAAAUACAACACUCAAAUUAUAGGUGGGAAAAUCUCAUCUAUGUUUCGGGGACCAGUCAGCCUAUUUCCCCAAUAAAAUCUUCGCUUUACACACAUGUAAUAUACACAGGAACACACCUCUAUGCAAAACCACCACAAAUGGAAGAUGAGUGGUAGCUCUUGGCCUCUCAUGUUGCAGACAUUGUCAGGGGCUUGCAGUGUUGCAAGAAUGAGCUAGAAUGUGUCUACUGAUUUCUGCAACCUUACAAGCUCCUGAUGAAGUUGUUGGUUGCAACGUGAAACGCCCCGAAGCUAUUUUUCAACUCCCCUGUGUGGUUGGUUUGAAUAUGGUGCUUUUGGAUCCUUGAUUCUCCUGGGGGAACUGAAGCUGCUUGUUUCCCCACAUGGCCCCUGUGGGUUUGGCUCUUCCUUGAUGCAGGAAAAAUUAUUCCAUUUAAUUUUAGGUGAUAAUUAUAAUUACUGUUAAAUUA